AAAUAACCAAGGCCAAAUAGUAAAAAAAUCACUUUUUACGAUUUCACGAAGAAAAAUUAUCUUACAAAUGUAUUAAAAUAAUUUUAAGACUUGUCUGAUUUCGGGUAAUCUAAUAUUGUAGCACGUCCAAGAUUGUACAAACAUAAAAUUCAUUCAGAAGGCUCAUUUACAACGAAUUAAACGACGAGCUAUUGAAUCUUGGAGACCGAGCGAUAAAAAUUAUCUAAUAAAAAUGGUGAAAGUUUAUGCACUACUUAUAUUGUACAAAGGGAUUAAUAAUGCAUCCAUUCUGAAAGGUGCUUAUGAUCUUCGGAGUUUUAGUUAUUUUCAAAGAAGUUCAGUGCAAGAAUUUAUGACUUUUGUUAGUAAAACUAUGGUAGAGAGGACACAUCCAGCAUCAAGGCAGUCAGUUAAGGAAGGAGAGUAUAUGUUGCAAGUGUAUGUGCGUGCAGAUAAUUUGGCUGGAGUAUUGAUAUCCGAUCACGAGUAUCCUAACAGAGUGGCACACACUUUGAUCACUAAAACUCUUGAUGAGUUUACAGCUGCAGUUCCAUCAAGCACUUGGGCUACGGGUAAAGAAUCAACAAUUGAUUUUCCAUCAUUGGCUUUACAUUUAGAAAAAUACCAGAAUCCCAAAGAAGCUGAUGCAUUGACGAAAAUUCAAAAUGAUCUGGAUGAAACGAAAAUUAUUUUACAUGAUACAAUAAAAGCUGUACUUGAGAGAGGUGAGAAAUUAGAUGAUUUGGUUGCUAAGUCAGACAGCCUGUCGAUGCACAGUAAAGCAUUUUAUAAGACUGCGGCAAAAACUAACAGUUGUUGUAAUUUUUGAACAGUAUCUUAUUAUGAUUAACUGUUAACAAAAAUGGCCAUAACUAUUGUAGUAUUGUUGAUAGUUGCUGAAUGCUAUGUACUAUUUCAAAAAAUUAUAUGAGGUUUGAUAUAGCUUUUAGGGAUUAUAAAAUAUAAUUGUAUCUCUGAUUAAUCUGUAACCUGUCACUAAGAGAGUGGCAACUAGCUACAAAUACUAAAACAAAUUUAGCAAAGGCUUGAAGAAUUAUCCUGACCCAUCGAAUUAAAAGUUCAAACAAAUAUUGAAUCAUCAUCUUUUCCUUAAGGAAUUUCCUUUUAUGUUUGUCUGGAAGUUUGUUUCCUAAAAUUUAAAAAUUUUAGAGGGAUAAUUUAUUUUAUUACCUCUUGAGAUUACGUUUGUGUCGUAAAUUAUGAUUGUAACUCUAAAUCAUACUAUUAUGGCUAAGAGCCAUAAAAAAAAAUCAGUAAAAGACUUGGGUUUGUUAGAAUUGGAGAGCAACAUAAUUAUUAACAUUACAACAUUAUUAUUUAUAUUAUUGAGUAAUUUAAGAGCAGUGAGUUUAAUGUUUAAACUACAAAUGGGUCAUCAUGUCAUACUAAUUAAAAUUGAUUAUUCCAAAGUAGUAUAGUAUAUCCUGAAAAUAACUCUAAGGUACCAAGUGUACAUAUGUUGUAACUUGUUAUUCUGUUGCAGAUUACUGUAGUAUACUUGAAUUCUUAAUAAAUUUUUGGUCUUAAUUGCAAUUGUUAAACAAGUCCAGAUGCAGACAUUUUGAAUUAUUUUCAUCAUCACAAUGAAUGUCGACUUACAGUAUUGGUCUAAGGUCUAAUAAAUGGGUUAAGGAUCGUAAUGGGUUAAGAUGUACAAAAAACCAUGCACAAAACAUUUGCAAUAACAGUUUAGAAAAGAAAGAUUGUGAAAGUGACUUAUUUCAUGGUUUUUACUAAAAUUUAAAUGUGAGCUUUAUUUAAGUGAUAAAUGGUUAAAUAGGAAUAGAAGUUUAACAAUUCAGAGAAAAAUGUUAUAAUUAUGAAUUAUGAAGUCUUCUUAUUGCAUUCCUCAAAAAUGAUGUUGUUAAAAAAUAAACAUAUCUAUGUAUGAAAAAAUUAUUAAUGGUAAUAAUGUAUAGGCCAGUUAUUAAAGAAAAAUUUGAUCAAAUGAUGCAGUUUAUCAAAUUCGAUUAUAUUAUACAAGUUGAAGUAGUUUGCAAAAUUGAUCUGAACUGUUGGCAUGAUGUAACAAUAUUCCGAUAAUAGCUAGCCAUUAGGAGAAAAUUGCCAUUCAAGAGUUGAAUUCGUGACAUUAAUUUAAACAGGCAAGAAUGAUCUGUUCUGCUCUUAAUUAAGAAAUUCAUUAUCAGCAGGCUUGUUUAUAUGCAUAUUAUUUAUUAUGUGCAAAUAUAAAGACAUUGCAUUGAUAAUGUUUAAUAUUUUGAAAAUAUUCAGUUCUUCAAUUGCGUCACAACUGUUAAACAACUUUGAUCUAGUG